AUGGCCCUGGAGCGGGCGCUGCAGGCGGCCCGCCAGGGGGACGUGGAGACGCUGAAGGCGCUGCAGGGCGAGGGGCUGCUGCCGCCCGCCGCGCUGCGGGACCCGCUGGGCGCCUCGCCCGCCCACCACGCCGCCCGCGCCGGCAAGCUCAACUGCCUGCGCUACCUGGUGGAGGAGGCCGGCCUGGCCGGCGGCGGACGGGCCCGCAACGGCGCCUCGCCCGCCCACGACGCCGCCGCCACCGGCCACCUGGCCUGCCUGCAGUGGCUGCUCGCCCAGGGAGGCGGCCGCGUCCAGGACACGGACAAUUCCGGCGCCACGGUCUUGCACCUGGCGGCUCGAUUCGCCCACCACGAAGUGAUCGACUGGCUCCUCCGCUUCGGGGGCAGCGACCCGCUGGCAGCCACGGACACGGGCGUGUUGCCGGUUCACUACGCCGCAGCCAAAGGAGACUUCCCUUCCUUGCGACUCCUCAUCGGGCACUGCCCCAGUUCGGUCAGCGCCCAAACGAAGAAUGGUGCCACGCCCCUCUACCUAGCCUGCCAGGAAGGCCACCUGGAAAUCAUCCAGUACUUGGUCAAAGACUGCGGAGCCGACCCCCACAUACGCGCCAACGACGGGAUGACCCCACUCCACGCCGCUGCCCAGAUGGGCCACAACACUGUCAUCGUCUGGCUGGUGAGCUUCGCCGAUAUCAGCCUCUUGGAGCAGGAUGACGACGGAGCCACCGCCAUGCAUUUUGCUGCCAGCCGAGGACAUGCCAAAGUGCUCAGCUGGCUGCUCCUGCAUGGGGGGGAGAUCACCACAGACCACUGGGGUGGGACCCCUUUGCACGACGCGGCUGAGAACGGCGAGCUGGAGUGCUGUCAGAUUCUCGUGGUGAACGGCGUGAACCUGGGCAUCCGCGACCAAGACGGCUACACCGCCGCUGACCUUGCCGACUACAAUGGGCACUCCCAUUGCGCCAAGUACCUGCGCACAGUGGAGAACAUGAGCGUGGAGCACCGGGUCCUUUCCCGAGACCCCUCCGCCGACCUGGAAUUCAAGCAGCCUGACUCCGGCAUGUCGUCUCCCAACACAACGAUGUCCGCUCCGCAGCCUCACUUCGACAUCGGCUCCCCGAGCAGCACCCUCUCCAACUACGACUCCUGCAACUCCAGCCAAUCGAGCACGGGGGAGAAAAGGAACAGCCAAGGAACCCGGGUUCCCGAGACGACGAUCACGGACAUGCAGACUUAUAUGGACAUGCUCAAUCCAGAUACUGCGCCACAGCAGAGCAAGAAAGGCGACGAAGCAUCCCUCCCGCCGCCUCCAAACUUCCCAGCGCCCCCUCCGCCCCCCAACCCCCAGGGGCCUCCUCCUCCUCCCGGCUACCCAGCCCCAAACCCUCCCGAAGCGCAGCACACGGCAGAGAUCUACGUGCAGGCAAAGAACAACCUCCGCCACGUGGAGAGCGAAGUGCUCAAGAAAGAGCUGACCUCGCUCGAGAGCAGCCCAGAACUGCGGCGGGUCGACUCUAGCAGGAAAUCGAGAAGCUUCAACAAGCAGCCCAGCACCGGGGACUAUUAUAAACAUCUGGGCAGCGGUAGCAGCGGAGAGCAAACGGGCAACAACCGCAGGAUGGCGCACAGCGAGGAGGCUUCCCUUCUGUCCAACGAGAGCGUGCAAAAUGGAGGCACGGCUGAGAACAAGCCCUCGGGAGAGGUUCCUCCUCCUCCUCCACCCCCGCCACUCCCUGAGCGUGUCUGCUCCCCACCGCCACCCCCUCCACUGCCAAUGGAGAGCCAGCCAGCUGCCACCAGCCAGCGACGGUCGUCCUCCUCCACUGGAAGCACCAAGUCGUUCAACAUGAUGUCCCCAACCGGUGACAACGCUGAGUUGCUGGCAGAAAUCAAGGCUGGGAAGAGCCUCAAGCCAACCCCCCAGAGCAAGGGCUUCACCACCGUCUUCUCGGGCUGCGGCCAGGCGGGCGCCAACGUUGAGAUCCCCAACUCCUCCCCGUCUCCCACCAGGACCCCAACUCCCCCGUCCACUCCAGAUGGGACCUCGGCCUCUAGGCCCACCUCUUCGCCCGAGCCGGUGGUCAACGGCUCUUCACCGUUGCUGGCCUCGGCGGCCCCACCCAGCCAGGCAGACAUUGAGGCCCUGAUCCCCACCUACGACGAACAGGGGCGGCCCAUCCCAGAGUGGAAGCGCCAAGUCAUGGUCCGCAAGCUGCAGAUGAAAAUUCAGGAAGAAGAAGAGCAAAGGCGCAAGGAGAGAGAAGAGGAAGCUCGCCUGUCUACGAUGCCAGCUUGGCGGAGGGACAUUUUUCGCAAGAAGAUGGAAGAGGAAAGAGAGCACAAACGGAAAGAGGAAGAAAAAAUGAAGCGGGAAGAGGAAGAGAAGGAGAAAGAACAGUCGGAAAAGCUAAGGACUCUUGGGUAUGAUGAGGCAAAACUGGCCCCUUGGCAAAGGCAGAUCAUCCUCAAAAAAGGAGACAUAUCAAAGUACUAGCCCUGGGGUCUGGGCCUCCCGCCUGCCGGUCUCCACCUGUGCAUUGAGCCC